AUGACCAACAACCUCAACCAGCCGCUCGACGACAGAAUGAAGACCCGCCGUGACAACCGCCCAAGUCGCGAAGACCACCAUCGCAUGCUCCAAAUCCUCCUCUCGCGCGUCGCAGAAUCCAACGUCAUCAAGCGCAUGCACCAGAACUACGGCAGCCAAUGCUACUACACCUGCCUGCUUAGCGACAUCCGUGCGGUAAACCUGCUGCUAGACGCCGGCGCCGACGUGACGAGGCUUUAG